GGCUCGGUACGGGAGCCGAGCGGGGACCGGCUGGUUUCGCAGCGGCCGCGGGUCUCCACCCGAGAGUAUGGCGGAUGGGAGCGCGCUGGACGGCGGGGGAGAAGCGGAGACGUGUCAGGGAGGGAAUAAAGAAACAAAGAGAGGCCCGUUCUUCCAGCGAGUGUGGAUGUAGGGGUUCCUCGAUCCGGGUUUUUUCGCUCAUUCUCCGCCGUUUUUUUUUUUACCCCCCGGCGUCCUCGAUGGAGCAAGUUUGUUUUUUUGUCAUGCACAGAGAGGGCUGAGCUCCGCGGGCGAACGGGCCACACCGUCGGGCCAGCGUCUGUGCGUCUCCCCGCGGGGAUGAUGGGGAUUUUCUGACUAUGAAUUCGUCGGGGCAGCAGGUCUUUGUGCUCUGCCGCGGCUCGUGUUGACAUGGCACGCGGAUGCUGAGCGCCGCCAGUGCACGCGGGGAUCCUUUUUCUUGAUUCGAUGACAGCGUCGGCGCGUCGACGGCUCGACUAAAACCCACGAUGCGCGAGUAUAAGGUGGUCGUCCUGGGGAGCGGGGGGGUCGGGAAAUCCGCCCUCACCGUGCAGUUCGUCACCGGGACGUUCAUUGAGAAGUACGACCCCACCAUAGAGGAUUUCUACCGUAAGGAGAUCGAGGUGGACUCUUCCCCCUCGGUGCUGGAGAUCCUGGACACGGCCGGGACCGAGCAGUUCGCCUCCAUGCGGGACUUGUACAUCAAAAACGGUCAAGGGUUCAUACUGGUGUACAGCCUGGUCAACCAGCAGAGCUUCCAGGACAUAAAGCCCAUGAGGGAUCAGAUCAUUAGAGUGAAAAGGUACGAGAAGGUCCCUGUGAUCCUGGUGGGCAACAAGGUGGACCUGGAAAGCGAGCGGGAGGUGUCGUCCGGUGAAGGUCAGGCCCUGGCUGAGGAGUGGGGCUGCCCGUUCAUGGAGACCUCGGCCAAGAGCAAAACCAUGGUAGACGAACUCUUCGCCGAGAUUGUUCGGCAGAUGGACUACGCUGCCCAGCCGGACAAAGAUGAUCCCUGCUGCUCCUCGUGCAAUAUACAAUAGCCCCGGGGGCCUCUGGGAAACAAGCCUGGAAACAAAAAAAAGUGUGCUAAGAGGAAGCUCCCCUCUUGUGUAGGAAAUAAACACACAAAGACAAACAAAUGCCAACUAAACUGAGUGAAAUUCAUGGUUGAACGCAGUGGAUCUUAAUUCCGAGCAGCAUUACAGUUGCUGUAAAAGCUGAAUGGAGAAUGCCAGGAAUUUGCCGCAAGAGAAUUUGAUGCAUAACAAAAAGGAACAUGCCCUCGCCUUAUGUCACCAUCUUCUGUUGUUUGUUUUCUCACCUGUAGAGACAUAAAUCGUCAGCGAAGAAUUUGAUCUUCCAAGCUGACGAACUGCUUUUUCAGAGAGUUUUCAUUUUGUGUACCUCCACAUGCGAUGCUGAUAAGCGUUUCUCGUUACCAUGAUAACAUUUCCACAACGCUCCGAAUCCAGCAAAGCUUUUCGAGGAACCAGCGCUUUUAAAUAGGAGUCUUUGAUUUUCAGUGUCUAGAGUUUCUCUCUCAGUCUAGCUUUUGUAGGUACUGAUGGAAGAUAUUUUUUUUUCUAAUCAUAGGGCUGAACCAAAGAGGUGACUCCCAUUUUUUCAGUCAUUCGGGGUGGCGAUGGAAAGAAAAUAACUCCUGAGGCGUCUUGAAAGUCAUCUCAUUCCAUUUUUCUCAUUUCGGGUCUGUAGGCACAGCAGAGUCUUUCACGCACUGUGUGAUUUUUUUGUUUGUUUGUGCCCUUGGUCAGAUUACUUCUCAGCAGAUUGCGAUCUGGUUGAACAAAGAGUAUUUUAUAGUAUUUGAAUACCUUCUUCAAGCUCCGUUCAGGAAGGGGUGACCUUUAAAAUGAAGACGCCAACCUCUGUCACACUUCUUUCUUUUCUCUGAUAUUAAUGCGAGAAGUGGCACUCAAGAGUUUCAGUAUCUCAACGCCAUUCUUUGUGCUCAGAGUAUUCAAAAAUCUAGUAAUAAAUAAUAAUGAGGAAAGUGAUGGUAGUGUAAAUAUUUGGUAAAAAGUGCCAGCUCAUUUGAAGACACUGACUUGACACACAUGGAAUUGUGGAACUGUAUGCAUGGCUAGUAAACAAAAAAAAGGACCAUUAGCGAUCAGUAAAAGGCAGUGGAAAUGUGCAAACCAAACACACACAAGCGUCUGGAUCUGUACACUGUUUAAACUGUACAUCUCUGAAGGCACGGGAGCCAGACUUCCCCCGUGUUACCAUUUCCAUGGUUGAUUUUCUAUUUUUUUAUGUGACCAUUGACUCGUUAUCCCUCUAAUGAAUGGUGACACCUUUACAUUUGACACCUAAACAAUAAAAGUGCGUUCAACACUCGA